CCAUUGGAGUCCACUGCAGUUAGCAGAGGUCUAGUGCUGAAAUAGUGCAGAAAUACCUCGUUCUGUUAGCCAUGACCCGAGACAAGCACGUUACACCAGGCGUCUUUAUCGAUAGAAAUCGAUAAAGAAAAAAAUAUGUGAUUUCCAUUAAUAUAAGGGAGAUUGAGAAGUUAUUUGAAGACCAUUUGAAAGAAGAACAUGAAGUUACAAUGGGAAUUCUUAAAAAAAGUAAACGCUUUUGAGGAGUAGUUUAGCUGGGACUUUGCUGAUAUGUAUUUCUAAAAAAAAAGAAUAUUUUCGAUCAUGUUGAAGUAUGUUGGUUGAAUUUGUCAAAGUAAAAUGAUAAAAGAUGACUUUCUUUUCUUGAUGUAAAGCGUUGCAAACGGCUAGACAUUUUCUUUACACUCACCGAUAGUUUACUUAAAAAACAGAGUGAGUCAUAAAGUACUAUGUUUUUUUCCACUAUUUAGAGGUAAUAACAUUCAGAAACCCUAUAGCUAAUAACUGUCGAAAUGUGUAAUAUAUAGGAUAUCUCAAGAUUUAACCAAACGAUUCACAUUGUUAAAAUCAAUAUGAAACUAACAAUACAGUAUACUUCAUGUGCAUCUUAUCAAGAGCUAGGGUUAUAUUUGAGUAUUGGUUUGGCAGAUGAUAUGCCACCCUCUACCCAGCUGAGGCUAACAGUUUAAUAAGGGAUUGACUGUAAUAAGAUAUUUCUUACUUGAGUGUUUUUUACUACUUUAUAUGUAUUUUGUAGAGAAGAAGAAUUGAAAGUGAGUCCCAGGCUGUGCGGAUCAGCAAUCUGGAACGGAAGAAUGAAGAGGUGAGGAGUGGCAGCUAGUCGUGGACCUUAGCCAGUUGUCUUCGUCCACCUUUUUAAACCUACGUGGGUUCCAGAGGUUAUUUUUUUCUUAUCGAGUUCUUGGUAGUUCGUGGCGAAGCCGCGUCCGCGAAGCGCGAAGCACCGAGAGAAAAAAAUUACAUAAUCGUCUCGGGAGCUUUAUCAAACCGUAAGCACGGUUUUUUAUGCUAGGUAUUUUGAUAACGGACCUCUGGAGUCAGGAUAUUUUAAAGCUUAAAGUCAAAUGCGAAAUUUUUGAACUCAAUUCUUUUGCUUUGUGCGUGUGUGUCUUUGUUUGAUGCGUAGCUUCUUAAAUGAAAAAAAGACGUGUUGAGGAAAUUCAAACGUAAAGUUGAUUAGCAAAAUUUUAUGGUUGAAAUGGGAAUUGUACUAACGGAUGAAGAUAAAAAAAUAAUGGUAACUGGUAUCCGAUAUCCAAACCACCUUCGCGGUGGGGAAUUCUUUUUCAAUUUCACUUCGUAAAUCAUUAACGUGUUUGAGAAAAAAAUCUGUCCUCUGCCAUGAGGAUAAAAGUGAACCAACUUUGAUGCGAGUAUUGAUAUAAACAAAAGGUUGUUCUUGUUUUUCUUUUUUCAGUUACAAUCCCACUUGGUUGAAAUGGGAAUUGCGAUGACGGAUAAAAAUGAAACCAUCCGAACGCAGCAAGAGGUAAAAAGGUCUUGUCCAGAGUAGAAAUGAAGUCGUUUGUAGAGGUGCUAUAGGGUUUUAAGUAAUAUAUCAAGCAUGAGACGUAGUGUUUCAUCACCAGAUGAAACACCGAGAAGAAAGUUGAAAAUGCGACGCGCAGCGGAGUAUUUUUGACGAACUUCACUGAAGGUGAUUCAACUGGUGACGAAACACUGUGUCGAAUGCUUGAUAUUACUUCGCAAACAAAAUGAUUUUAGAAGAAGAGAUUAAGGAUGCAAAAAUGACCAGUUUUUCAUGUGAUUUCCAAACACUCAUUAAACAUUAAUUUCUUUUGUGUUUUCUUUAUGAAUAUUAAUGCGUUUGAGAAGAAUAUUUCUAAGUUACCCUUUUUUAAGCAGUUUCAUUAUUUACCAAACGAUCUCAAAAUUGACUGAAAUGCUCAAUAGCUGUUUUAAAGGUGAGAAGAACUCAGCACAAAUACAGAAAACCCGCUUAAAAGGAGCUCGGAUGGGCAGCACUCAAGAAAAUAGGCCAUUUCUGAGUUCCAAAAUCUCUCACUUUCAAAACGAGGCUAACUGCAAAACCUUUCUCGUGAAAAUGAGUUUAAUUUGCGUGACAAUAAAAAAUCAUUUUCAUACCAAUGGCUUUGCACUUUCCUCGCCAUGAAACAGAGGUUUGGGACAACGUGGAAAUGGUCUAUUAAAACCGAUUCAUUGCUUUCAGUUGAAGUUGAAAAAACGAACAAACAAAGCAAAGCAAAGCAAAAUCAGCAGGCCGCUUUAUUCAAGUUUAUGUGGCGAUAAUUUAGAUCAGUAUAACCUACUCCUCCCGUGACUCAGCGGUAACAUUUCGUGUGGACAAGAUAAUAAAUUUUGCUUUGCAAUUAAAAGUGGCCACCUUUGAACGGGCCACAACCUAUCUCUCAGAACGAGUUGUUUAAUUAGCAAACGAAACAAUUCAAGUUCAAGUUCAUUUAUUCACAUUUAUUCAAUUGCAAUUCAACAACAAUAAGGAAAAAAAAAGAAGAAAUAAAAAACAGAGCUAACUAUACACUGAAUUAAACGUAACAAAGAAAAAAAGUGUGUAGCAGCCAGAGGAGCCAAGCUUUCGAGUUGGCUACUACCAAAGAGCGGUUACAAGUGGAUGGAGGUUAUACAGUACUGAUUAAAAAACUAGUUAUGGAGUUCUGGCUAAAUUAAUCAUAUUGAGAAGGAAGGCUAUAUAUGAGUAAUAAUAACUAUUUAAAUUAAAUGAUUAAAUAAAGAGAGCUAAAUAACAGAUUAAAGUUGUUCAAGAUGCCUGAUUCCCGUACCUUUUCAUUUAGAUUCUUUUUCGUGCCAAUCAAUCAGUUUUAUAUCAUCUAACUAUAGAUUGAAUUUAGAGUAUGGUCUCGAGAAUAUUUUUUAUUACUUUUUCAUUUUUGUGUUGCAGCAAUCGCCGUAUAAAGUAGAAUCGAAUGCCAGAAAAUUUAUCUUAACUGCUGAUCUUCUUUUGUUCGCAGGAGUGUCACAGGUUGAGAGAGGUAGGAGAUAUUUUAGUUACUUUUUACUAUUACAUUUGUAUGUGUAAUCAAAUGGUGACGAGUGAAAUUAGCGAUAACUUCACAGGCGAGGGAAAUUAUUAGGAUUUGGACAAAACGCAAGUGAAAUUAUUCCCUAAUUUCACGAGUAUACCAUUUGAUUACCUAUUAGUAUCAUGGGUGACGAAUUCGUUCGCAGUCGUGGAUUUUUGAUAUGUUUAACCUGGUUUUAUUGAUCGAGAUUGAGAACUCCACGCUCUUAAAAUUGUAGAGCAUAAAUUUGGCUAUGUCCAGAAUUUUCAGAAUUUGUUGGACAAAAUACCUGUUAGAAUCCUUCUUGAUGUGCUCUUUCAUGUGUUUAGGUUUUCUAAAGCGUCUUUUAAUGCCCUGACAUCUUCAUUCAAAACAUUUUAAAACAAGAGACGUACGGAAGGUUGCCAUGGCAAUUUUGUAAUUUCAUAUGUGAAAUUAUAAAUUAACGCUGAAUUUUCGCGCCUUAUACUACUACAUGAGAAAUUACUGCAAUCUGAUUGGCUUAGAGCAGUGGUAUUUCAGCUUAAUUUGAAAUACCUACAUGUGAAAAUUACAAACCUUUUGCGGGUAGUAGUAUAAACAAAUAAUAGCAUAAUUUGUACGUGAUAUUUGGCAUAAAUACCACUCGUGAUAUUUCAAAAUUGUCUCAAAUUUCACUCGCCUAACGGCUCGUGAAAUUACGUAUAACAGUUUCGAAAUAUCACUCGUAGUAUUUAUGCCAAAUAUCACUACAAAUCAUGCUAUUACCUAUACAAAAUUAAGGAGCAAUUCGUCACCCAUGGAGAAAGACUGUGCAUGAGUCGAGUAAGAUCUUUGACGAGCUUAAUUGUCGAGCAGGCGCGGCAUGUUGCUAGGAUAAUUAUAGUUUCGAACCCAGGCCUAAUAGCCGUGCGCUUGGUACAGCGAACUCAACCGAAUGACCAUCUGUUGAUCAAUUAACGGAUACUCCCACUGGAAUAAACCUGUUUGACGAGAGAAAACAAGAUUGACCUCAAAGGCUUGACACGAUUCUUUUCUCCUCCUUUUUCACACUGGAAAAACUAGACCUUUUAUAGAGAUAACAAAAUGUCUAUAAUUUUUAAAUUUGUAGACUUUUUGUAAAGGUGCCAAUCUUUCCCUCUUUCUCAAGAAGACUAAGGAAGGCUCUGCUCGCACGGUGGUAAACAGUGGCGAAUCAAGGGGAGGGGCCCGGGGGGGCCGCCCUCCUCCUUAUGGUUAGACCAAACUGAGGCCCAAAGGGCCGAAAAAAAGUUUUUUUUUGACCGCCUCCCCCCCCCCCCCCCCCCCUCCCUUUUCUCAAGGUCUGGAUCCGGCAUUGGUAAACCUGUGCAUCAAUGUUAAACUCUGAUCCUCAUGUGAGUUAUGAUACGUAAGUCCCUUAUUUGUACUUCACAAGAAAAUAAGGGAUUGAAUUUUGCCCGAGCAUUUUGGUGUAAGCAUCAUAUAUAUAAUUAUAUUAGAGCCAUUUUCGUAUGACCUUGGAAUGAAAACGCGCGAACAAAACAGAAACAACAAACGAACGGAAAUAGAGCGAUUUGAUUGGUUUAUCGAACGGAUACAAACGCGGGUGAAAAAACGGUUCAUGCCCAAGAACUUUCAAGAAAUCAACCGAUACUUCGCUUUGACGUCAUACUGGAACACGAUUGGCUAAUCGAACAAUGCCUUCUCUAUAUUAGAAUUUUCUUUUGCGGGAAACGAAGAGGCCAUGUAUUGAUUUUUCCAUCCAUUGGCUGAUAAAGCAAAUACCGAACGCUUACUGAAACCAUUUUUCAAGGUCAUACGAAAAUCGUUCUAACACUUUUAAGAGUUAAAACUCUCUUGUUGUCAUUGACCCCCUUUCUCGGUAGCUAUUUCAUUCCACAUUCACAACAUCCUGAUAACUAUGUAAGCUUUUAAUUGCUAGUUUUAUUGGCACUAUGUAAACUAAAAUAUUAACACCCUUUCUGGUUACCUUCAUAGGAGUGUAUAUGGUUGAGAGAGGUAUGA